AUGACAGAAAAGUCUCGGCAAAGUAAUGCUGACCGCCGCCGGGAAAGAGACAAAUGUCGUCUGAAGUUAUCACAGCACAUAAAUGAACGACUCGGCAUCAUUGUCAAGCCAUCUGAAGUCAGACUAAACCCUCGGUUUCAUGAUGCGUACGUUUGGAGACCUUUCCCUGGGCAUGAAAAGCUUUAUGCUCCAAUAUUUGGGAAGAACUUAAGCGACCAUUCAAUUGGAACCUACCGACUUCUUGCCGAGCAAGUGGGUGGAACCUUCGAAGCCACUCACCGAGAAACAACACUGGGUGAUGCCGAAGGAACGACGUUAUUGCUUUCCAACGUACAACCAAGCUUCAGUGUAGAGAUUGAGCGACUGACAACCGAGAAUAGAGGGCUUUCGGAACAGAUCUGUCAACUUUCAAGCGCCUUGGCGACUGAAUUAGAACAGAGGAAGGUGGCGGAAGAAGACAAUAAGCUCCUAUACGAUAAGCUACGGUUGGCUGAAAAUCAACUACAGCAAUAUUCCCAUGCUGCGAGCUGUGCUCAAGAAAUGUUUUCAAAGACUUUCGCGGAGAUGGAGAAUAGUCUGUCUAUUCUUGCCGAGAUUCGCCAGGAAACAGAUAUGGAAAUUAUAAAGGGUCUUCCGGCUUGA